AUGGCGCCUUUCAAAGCAUUGUAUGGUCGGAGGUGUAGGACUUUGUUGUGUUGGCAUGAAUCUGCUAAGAGUGUAGUACUUGAACCGGAGAUUGUUCGAGAGACUACUGAGAAGGUUAAGUUGAUUCGUGAGAAGAUGAAGACUUCUCAGAGUAGACAAAAAAGUUACCAUGAUAAGCGGAGGAAAGAUUUGGAAUUUCAGGCUUGUGAUCAUGUGUUUUUUAGAGUCACGCCGGUGACCGGUGUGGGGCGAGCAUUGAAGUCUAAGAAGCUCACUCCUCGUUUUAUUGGACCGUAUCAGAUUUCGGAGAAGGUUGGGAAUGUGGCGUAUAGAGUAGCAUUACCGUCGAAUCUUUCGAAUUUGCACGACAUUGAGGAUCGCGAGACAAAGACCCUUAGAGGCAAGGAGAUUGCUUUGGUGAAGGUAGCUUGGUCGGGAGCUACUGGAGAGAUUUUGACGUGGGAAUUAGAACGCAAGAUGCGAGAGUCGUAUCCUGAGUUAUCUGCUUGA